CCUCACAAGGCCCAGGCCGCCUCCUUCCCACAAGGCCCAGCAGGGCCUCCCUCACACCUGCCCCGCCCUGCCCUGUCCCGCCCGGCCCCACCCUGCCCCGUGGCCUCUGUCACACCCCACGCUGACGUGCUGAGCCUUCCACCAGCCAUUGUGACGCCACAGGCGCCAGUCGGGCACGGCUUUGUUGGUGCCCGCAGCCGGCGCUCAGAGCUGCUGUAGCCUCUCGGGGAGCAGCAGCACAUCCCGCUCGGGGAGCAUUGCGCGCCUGCAUCGCCGUCUUGGCAGCUGCAGGCCACGACCACUGCGCAGGGCGACCUCGUCUGCCUUGUGCUUCAUACCCUGUGCCCGUCCUUAUUCUCGUCCCCUUUGUCACCCUCCCCCUAAACCUCGCCCCGUCCCAUUCCUCAUCCCCACUUGGCUCCCGGCAGCCCUCCGGGGCCUUCUUGCCCUUCCUGCUGCUGGGAGCUCCAAGCAGGGCCAUGCCGUGGCUUCUGAGCAAGAAGCGACGGCAGUCGCCCUCCAGCAGCCCCAGUGGGCAGCCCUGGGCUGCCACCAGCUCCAGCAGCGCCUCCCAGCUCCGGGAGCAGGGGCUGGGCAGGCUGCACCGCGCGGCCGCCCGCGGUGACCUGGGCUGGCUGAGGCGCUGGCGCUGGUACGUCAAGGUAGUCGGCAUCGACAGGCCAGACCAGGAGAUGCGGACACCUCUGCAUCUGGCUUCAGCCAAUGGCCAUGCAGAUGUCGUCAGAUAUCUGCUAAGAAAGAACAGCCAGCCCAACCUCGCUGACAGCUUCAAGAGAACAGCCCUGAUGAAGGUGUGUGGAAUGCCUUCUGAGCUUGGAGGUGGGCUGAUCUUUGAAGAUGGUCUUCUAUGGCAGCACUCAGGAGCUGAGGGAGUUGUGACAGAGGGGGAUGGAAAAGUUGGAAGCCUUUCCCUUUUGGUGUGUUGUUGCCAGGCAGUCCAGCAGGAGCAGGAAGAAUGUGUUGCUGUUCUGCUGGAACACGGUGCCGACCCCAAUCUGGCAGACGCUGACGGCAACACUGCCCUUCACCUGGCUGUGCUCUCUAAAAACACAGCUGUAGCAGGGCUGUUACUGGAGCAUCAUGCCAACAGUGAUGCUCAGAACCAGUGGGGAUUUACCCCCUUGAAACUUGCAGCCUUGCAACAGCACGAGGAGAUUCUGGAGUGCUUUGUGAACAAAGCAGCUGACAGGCCUGCUCAAGCCCAGGGGGAAAGGAGUGCUCUUGUGGUUCCUGGAAGCCAUGGGGCUCACCUGGAGGAAGAUAAUCUGCGCUUGCAGGAGGAGCUGGACAGGGCUGACGCGGAGCUGCAGGAGGAGGAAGAAAAGCAUCUUCAGUCUGAGCAUUGUGUUCCUGACUUGAAGACUGCCUUGGAUGCCAAGACAAGAGAGGCAAUAACUUCCUCCCAGGAACUGCAGGACCUCCUGGAAGAAGACGCGCAAGACUUUGCCAGUGAGAACAGCAGAUUGGAAGGCACUGUCCAGCAGCCAAGCGAGAGCGUUGAAGCCCUUCCAAGAGCCCUGCAAGCCUCUGCCUCAGGUGGUGAACUUUCCCAGCAGCUGGACAUGGAGCCUGGAACAGGCAUGCAGCUCGAGGCCCCAAACCAGGCUUUGCAAGAAGAGCUGUCCACUCUGCUUGGGAAGUGUGAACAACUGGAGAAGAGCAAAUGUCAGCUGCAAGAAGAGAUGACAAAACUCCACCAUCAUUUGGAGACUUUGGUGCUGGAUUGCAGCCAAAGAGAACAGUGUACAGGAGAGGUGGCAGAAGGAGCUGACCAGGAAAGAAGUGCAAAGCUACAAGAGGUCAGCCUCGUUUUGCAAGCUGGAAAAGCUUCUGAGGAUAGAGAGGAGGAAACUCCGGGUUAAUGAAGAGAAAGGAAGUCAGUCCCAGCUGGAA